GGGUCAACAGAAACUUAGGCCUAAAGCUUUGAGCCUAUUAAUUUACUCAUCAAAGUCGAAUCCGCAGUCCGUUCAUCUCGUAAUACAACCGAGUCAUGCCAAAUCCCGGCGACAUUGUUCGCGUUCCGGCGGGACAUCCCGGCGCUGGACCUUCUGUCCGUCAAGAGUCGAUGGGGGACGCCGACGCUCGGCUUCCGCUCCUGAACCUUGCCACGGUCCGAACAAGAAUGGAUUCUCUUCAGAGCUUCCUAUCGCAAUCGGUAAACAGCAAUACUCUAUUACCCAGGGAUCAGAUGGAUAUGGUGUCCUCCGAGAUCGCCUCCGCCAUCCAGCAGAUCAUAGUCAACGGCGCCGCCCUCCUCUCUUGCGCUCAGAAGAUGUCCGGCCUGCCUGAUUUAGGGAUGAGUUCCGCGCCCAUUUUGGGGUCGGGAUCGGAUUUGAUGUUAACAAAGAAGGAAAAUGAUAACGAUUAUGAGGAUGAAGGUAAUGACGAGGAGCACGAGGAGGACUGCGAAAUAGUGGAGCUAGAUGCGGUGGAGCUGUUGGCGGAGCACAUUCAUCUUUGCGAAAUUUGUGGGAAGGGAUUCAAGAGAGAUGCGAAUCUGAGGAUGCACAUGAGGGCACACGGGAAUCAGUACAAGACGCCGGAAGCGCUUGCGAAGAAGGGCGGGAACAAAUGGGAACAAUCAUUGACUUCGCUCGGCCGGAAAACGCGGUUCUCGUGCCCUUACGAGGGUUGCAACAGGAACCAGAAGCAUAAGAGGUUUAGGCCGCUGAAGUCUGUGAUUUGUGUGAGGAAUCAUUUCAAGAGGAGCCAUUGUCCCAAGAUGUACUCUUGCAAUCAGUGCCACAAGAAGAGCUUCUCUGUGCUGGCGGAUUUGAAGAAUCAUUUGAAGCAUUGCGGUGGGGAGGAGAAGAAAUGGAAGUGCAGUUGCGGGAAUAGCUUCUCGAGGAAGGAUAAGCUCUUCGGGCACAUGGCGUUGUUUGAAGGGCAUAUGCCAGCGGUUGGAGAUGAUGAGGAGGAGGAGAAGUCAAAGGGUGUGGCAGCCAUGGAAGAGGAUGAAGAAAGGGAAUUGGAAUUGGGGGAGGACUGUUUGGAAGAAGGGUUUUUUGAUGGAUUGCUCAAUGGUUUUGACUCAAUGGAGAACUUCUGUUUGCAGGACGUGUUGGAUUCAGCUCCAAAUGUGUUGUGACAUGUGUAUGGAAUGAUCAGGUAUAUUUCAUACUUGAUCUUUAUGUAUUUGUUAUUGGGUAUACUCUGUAUUCUUUGGUGUUAAUUUUACUAAUAAUUUUCUGUUUUUGUAAUAUUUAAUCGGAUGCUGUUUAGCAGUUUUAGUUUCCAUUAAUAAAGUUUGCAACUUUACAUUAUGUUUUUCAUUUAACAAGGUAAAAAUCAAUCCAUCACUGAUAAAUCUAAAAGCAUAAAGUUUUUCAUUUGAUGCUUUCACUUGUGGAUUAUAUUGGUAUGUUUCAGGUCAAAUCGCCUUGACAUUAAGGAUUGUAAUGUGUGGUUAUAUUUGGCCAGUUGGGUUAAUUGUUAUGUCUGAGUAAGAGAAAGUAUGGAUUAACUUUUUGUACUCCAAAUUGUACUCCAAAUUGUCUGGAUGAAGGCAUCUAGUUGUAAUUGUAGAAUUAUGUUAAUGCCCUUAUACCAUUACUACUUUGUAGUUUGUACUAUAGCAUUUUAGCUAACUGGUUUUGAUACAUAAGUAGCAGGCUUCUGAGUUUGGUUUCAUCAUAUAUGUAAAGAGAAGCAGAAGAAAGAACACGAGGAUAUGAUCAAGUUUGGGUUCUCUAUGACCCAAUUCAAUCUGUUAAAGUGCUCCGUGUAGGGCAUUGAACCAUGAUUGAGGAUUGCAACAGAAAGGAAUCUGAGGGCCCAUUUGAUACAAAGUAUUAAGCAUGGAAUUUCGGAGAAUAUAGCUACCUUCUAGGAGACGAUAUAACGGAGUUGUUGGAGUUUGCCAUGAAAAACUGGCUCAAUGGAGAAUGUUGUUGGAGAUGGUGGGGCGAUGCUUAAGGUCAAUAACAAAAGUUGUCGUAGCCAUGCUAAGCCUGCUGUAGUACUAAGAACUGCAAAGAGAUUCAGGAAGGGAAAGGCUUUUUAUGCAUUUCAUUCUUCUUGAUUUGUUCUUUGGGUUUUUCAAUUGUGAAUUCCCAUAUUUCGUUGU